GUCCAAUCAGCGGCGGGCUCGCGGCCCCGGCGCUGGUAUUGGGGCAGCGAGGGGGCAGUUCUCUAUAACGCGGUCUCCGGGAGCCAGCGGGGAAGAAAGAAGCCGAGCGGGCGGAAGGCGCCCUCCCCGCCGCCUGGGCCCGGGCACCGGGUGCCGGGCCCGGGGUCCUUCCCGCCUCCCGCGGCCGCCGGCCGCUUUGUUUCCCCAGCCUCUGCGCUCUGGGCUACUCAAGAGGGGCUCCCGCCGGGGCUGCGCGGGGAACGCGGCGGCGGCAGGAAGGGCGGCCGACCGGGCCGGGACUCGCAGGGACCCAGGAGUCCGGCCGCCGGGAGGGCCGCGUGACGAGAUCGAGGAGGGAGCCAGAGCCCCGCGGCCCAGGGUUGCGGGCCGGGGGCGCCCGUGAGCAGAGACCUCCCCGUCGAGGGGGGGCGAUGUUCCCCUCGCCCGUGGGCUCUUCGGGCAGCCAGGGCACACCGCCGCUGGGACCAGGGCCCCCGCAGUGGGCACCCCCCCGGGCGGUUCCAUGGAGACUCUGUGCCCCGCUCCCCGCCUCGCAGUGCCGGCGUCCCCGCGAGGGUCGCCUUGCUCCCCGACACCCCGGAAGCCGCGUCGGGGGACACAGGAGUUCUCUCCACUGUGCCUGCGUGCCCUUGCCUUCUGCGCCCUUGCCAAACCUCGAGCGUCCUCUCUGGGCCUGGGGCCUGGGGAGUUGGCGCCGCGGGCCCCGGUGCUGGUGGGCCCUCGCGCCCCGCUGUGCACCGGCGGCUGGGCCCCGGAUGGCCUGAAGCACCUCGCGGGACAAGCCGGGCGGUCCGGUGAUCCGAACUCCCCGGCCGGUCAGGAUGCCGAAGCCGCAGUGUGCUGGAGCCGUGGCGAGGAGGAAGAGGGCGGAGGCAGUUUCCCGCACUUCAGCUCCCGCUCCGGCGUACCUCCCGGCCGCUGCCCGGCGCCUCGGCGCCCUCGGGAAUCUCCGACCAGCUCCGCCUCGGCUCCGCCUCGGCCAGCCUCGGGUCUCGACUCCCAGCCUGGCCCCGCCGCCAGCCCCCAUCAGGAGCCCAGUUCCCGGCCUCCGCCGCCACCUGCGGGCCUCUCUACCGAGUCUGCGGGUCCCGGGGCUGCGCCGGAGCCGCCCGCACCGGGACAGACGGCCGCAGUCGAUGGAAACCCCCCGCAGGCCGCCCCCGAGGCACCAGCCGCUAGCCCCUCGACGGCCAGCGGAGCUUCGGCCGCGCCCGGCGAUCUCCGCCAGGAACAUUUCGAUCGUCUGAUCCGCCGGUCGAAACUUUGGUGUUACGCGAAGGGCUUCGCCCUCGACACUCCGAGUUUGCGCCGGGGGCCCGAGCGGCCGCCAGCAAAAGGGGCCGCCCGGGGAGCCGCCAAGAAACGCCGGCGACCGCCACCCCCCCAUCGCAGCACGCAGCCCCGCCGCCCUGCACCGACGCUCCCCACGACGAGCACCUUCAGCCUCCUCGACUCCUUCCCCUGCCCCCCGGCCCUGGUGGUAGGGGAGGACGGAGACUUAGGGCCGGCAUCCUCGCUUCGCCUCCAGGGAGACUCUAAGCCCCCGCCUGCCCACCCACUGUGGAGGUGGCAGAUAGGGGGUCCUGCUGUCCCUGAGCCCCCAGGCCUUAAAUUCUGGGGGAUCAACUUGGAGGAACUCUGAGCAGAGACCUCUCCUACCAAUGGGGAAAAAAGUUGGGGCCACGGCCAAACUUUGGGCUCGAGGACGGGGCCUCGUGUGUCGCAUUUGCCUGUUCCCUUUACGUUUUAAGGGCUGCGGUCAGAGGGACCUCAAAUGACAGUGAUCUUCAAGCACCUAGCUGUUUGGGGUGACACCCCCUCCCCCUCAUCCUUUGGAGUCGAACCAAGGGCUGGAGUCAGGAGAAGGCUUAACGGAAAAAGGCUUAAUGACAUAGAUUCCAAUCCCUCCCCUCUUCCAUCUCGGAUCUCUGGGGGCAGGGCCUUCACCCCAGGGGGAGCAAAGGAGGCUACCGCUCAAAGACAAGGAAAAAAAAAAAGAGGGAGAGAGACCUUGGUGAUGGACAAACCGGUUGUUUCUGUGGGCGAGCCUGGGGAUGAGGGGGCUGUGGUGGGGGUGGGGAGGUGAUUGGCAGCUCCCUGGGGGCAUCCCCCACCCCCACCAUCCAGGCCUUUAACCCUUCACUCCCCUCAGGCAUUCCCCCCCGCGCUCCCAGCAUCACUGGAACCUUCCUAGAGGGGGCAGCUCGGGCAGGGGGAAGAUCACCCCCUCCCAGUUCUUUUCCUAAGCCCUCUCCCCGCCCUCCCUCCCCCCAAGGCAGGUGACUUCUAAUUGGCGAGAUCUUCAGUCUCAGCCACCAACCUUUCCCUUUUGUCCAGUUUUGGAGUUUCUUCAAUUUUUCCUGUUUGUUUUCAGUUUGUAAGGUCUGAUGGGUGAAAGAGGACCUUCUCCCUGGAUCCAUCAACCCCCUCCCCCAGUUUGCUUCUCCAAUUAGGAGGGGACCUCCUCCCCCUCCAAAAGCACAGACUUUGCCUGGGGAAAGGGCCAGAGACUGUCCCAGGGAAAGUAAUGGAAGGUGGAAGAAAUCAAUAAAAUCAGACCAAACCAGU